CGCCCUGCCACGAACCUUUGAUUAUCUUGCCCAAGGCCCACACUGCAGAAAUGGCAUCAAACGCUGGCUUUAUAUGUGCCAUCUGCAAGUUGCCGAGGGCUUGUGAGAAUGAGAUUGACAACAAAAAGUGUCCAUUCUGCGCCAAGGGCUUCGGUCGAGCCGAUGUUGCGCGUCGCCAUGCUCUGAAGUGUCCCUCACGAGCUGGUCGAUCACUCCCGCAGAUCAAACGCGGCCGACGGCUGCGUGCAUGCGACAGCUGCUGUCGGAGCAAGUCUUCUUGCGAUUCGAAAGUCCCAUGCGCACGAUGCUCUCAGCGCGGAAAGACUUGUACCUACAACUCUCUCUGCACCGACCCAGCGCAUGCUUCCAAGACCAGGAGUGAACAUGGUGACGAGGCCAACCGCACGACCAAGACGCCAUCACGCCUACCAUUUCUGCUGCAGAGCACCGACCCAAGCAAGGGCUUCGAAGACUUGAUGGCGGCAGUUGCUGCUGCAGAACCCCAUAUGAAGCAAACAGACCCGGACCUUGAGAGUACAGAGGUGUUAGCUUGGAGCGCCGAUACCAUUGACCCGAGAAUACUUCACAUGGAUUUCUCAGCGAUGCUCUUUGCAGACGAUGACUUGAUGCUCAGCUCAUAUGGUCAAGGUGACAGAGCAUGCACGGCCGUGUCGCCCGCGCGCGUCGACACACUCAUGUGUGAGCUGGAGAGCGUGCUCGCUUUCAAGCCACGUCUGCGGGAUGGAUUCACCCAAAGUCUUGACCAAGGCUUCUUCACGGCGACACAUUUUCAACGGGCUCUCGAUACAUGCUCACGAAGACGGCAGUGCUAUCACACUACAUUUAUCCACUGGCCGACAUUCACCCCUGACAAGUCGCCCUUGGCGCUGCUAUUGGCAUUGGUGCUUAUAGGAACAGCUUACCUCACAGCUGGGGACGACUUGCGAGGAUGGCCAUCACCGUCCCUGAACCAGUCCCUCGUCGAGCUCUCGGAGAAAUACACCUUUACAGAGCUCAAGCGGUAUACCACGCGAGCCGCCGGCGAUCUCGACGACUUUCUGCCUGCGUGCCAGGCCGCAAACAUGAUCGUGUCGCUGCAAUGUAGCAUUGGCACCCCUGAGACUCGCAGACGCAUGGCCUGCGAGCGACAGCCGGCAGUCGUGGCCGCCGCCCGCGCCGCCGGCGUUGUGGGAGCGGCUCACAGCCCCUGCGGAGAGACAGAGUGGACCGACUUUGUCCAUCGCGAGGCUUGUAUCAGGCUUGUGACCAGCGCCUUUACAAACGACACAUUGCUGACGUGCUUCUUCAACCAUCCUCCCUCCAUGGCGAUCGCUGAACUAUCCGGAUCGAUGCCCAGCCCCAACGAGGUAUGGCAUGCAGAGUCGGAAGCCGAAUUCCAUGCGCACACCCAUCACCUGGAAGAGUUGCAAGGCCAAGUGUCUUUCAGCGAGGCGAUCAAUGCGCUCAUGAGCGAAGAAGCAGUGUAUGCGGAGGCAGGCUUGGGGAAACUGAGCCUCAGCCAGCUGCACGUCACUGUGCUGGGCUUUCAACAUGUCAUCUUCAACUACAAAGCCUCUAUGCUCCCAAAGUCGGGCUUGGCCACUAUUGUACGUGCCCUAGAUCGUUGGGUCUUGCUCUGGGCUACCGCCUUGGACCGCAUCGAACCGCAUGACCGCAAAUGGCUCGGGAUCGCCAAGUAUGCGCCCGAGAUCGCGUUGAUAUCUCGAAAGGUGCUCGAGACUAUCUUGCGGGAGCAGGAGGGGGAGAUGAGCUACUUUAGACGGAUCGCAAACUACGACAGCAGCGCUUUUCAUGAAAUUGUUUGCCAUUACACAAAGGAAGCUGAAGCCUCCGUGUAGACCGGCUCCUCUAAUGGACACUCUGAGACUAUAUAAAAUUUUUGCCUGACGAGCCUCACAACUCGGAACGAUACACAGUUGUCGACGUUGUCUUCUGGAUGCCUUGUCGAGACAGGCCCGACGCCAUGCCGCUUUGAUCGGGGUCCUCGCCGGCGGCGCGAGCCGAGGAAACGAUUGUCGUAGCAGCGCCACUCUUGCCUGCCAAGUCGUACUCGUCCCUCAUCCGCCCCAAGGCAAUGGCCUCCUGGCUGCUCGUCUCGUCUGCGAGGUCAUCCGCUGGACGGCUUCUGUUGCGCCCGCCGCUGGACAAGGC